AUGAGCUCAGUUCGAGUAGACCCAACUCAGGAGGCAGUUCCUGCAAUGACUGCGGAAAGAAGAAGCGAAAACAUGAGGAAUAUCCUAGGGGAGAGUACCCACAAUUUCCUGUGGGCGAGCGAAAUGGGCCACCAAAUCGACCCAGUAAAGGAGAAAGUUUCUGCAAAAAAAGCAGAUAAUCCCAUUCUUACGACGGAGUAUUGGAAGGCAGUCCAGCACAGAGAAGCCAGUCUCAUGAACUUUUUUAUAACUUCCCCUAUAAGUACACUAUGCUAUCUAAGCAUUGCUGGGAACCCUUAUUACGUGCGCCUGGCUCUUGUUAUGCUCUAUUUGAACAUCUGGCAGUUUCUUCUCUCGCUCAUAAACACGGGAUAUUACUACGUCUUUAUGUAUAGGGUGAAAAAGGCCUUUCCCGAGAAGAAGGCCCUGGGACUCUCUAAAGCAGGGACUUUUCUCGUGCAAGUCCUUGUUAUCCUGAUGUUUUGCGUGAGUAUAUGCGGGAUCUCUGGACUUGUUGGGCACGGGACGUAUCUGAUGAAGGAGAAACACAAUAUGAGCAUAUACGAGAUAUUCCUUGGGGGGAAGAUUGCGAGUGUCCCAAAUAGCAGGAUCUCUCACGUGGAUGCCCUUCUCUGUGGUAUUCUUAUAGUGGGUUCUACUGUCGUAUUAGCGUAUACGGAGAGCAGGUACAGGUUUGUUUCUGAUGAGAAGGAGGAGACUUUGGGGCAGUUCAAGUGCAUUGUAGUGAAGAUUCUCACGGUCGUCGGAUGUGCUUUUGUUUCCACUGCGGGAAGAGCUCUGUUUGGACUCUUUGACGGGAUUGGGGACUUUGCAGAGCUGGCAGUUUUUUCUGUUUUGACUCCUGUUAUAUACGGGUUAUUCGGGGUUUUCAUAGUUUUCAGCCAGUACGGGACGCUUACCCCGUGGAAGUCCGGGGGCUCUUGGGGGCCAGGGCAGAGCAAAGUCAAAGCGAUAGCGAAAGGGGCGCUCUUUAUUAUAAGCGUCUUCUUGGGGGUGGGGACUUCGUAUUUCAUCGUCAGGCGCCUUCUGUAG